CGACGUCGCUCGGUUCCGACGUUCUUCGUCACGGUUGCGUCGUUCGUUUCUCCAAUUGCUCGCUUGUUGCAUCUCGUUGUGUGUCUUCCAUUCGGUUUAAAUUUCAAUCGUUUACAACAGCUACAAAAUAAAAGGAGAAACAAAAAAAAAAAGAUACUUAAUUACGUAAAUGAAAAUUUAAAUUAAUCGUAGUGUAUUAACUGUUCGCGUUUUAGUUGCGUUUUGUUAAUAAGAAGGGAAAAUAAAAAAUUAAAAACUGUCGAUCCGUUAAAUGUGCUCGCUAGAACAAUCGUACGAAACGAGAGGAAUUUUCCAGUGUCUUUCUUGAAAGCGCACGAUCGAAAUGGUAAAUCGCAUUUGAAAAUAGAAACGGCCAUAUAGAUGAAAGGCAAACUGUUCGAUUCGAUCGAACCGUCAUUCGAUUCCUAUGAGAAGAUCGAAAUUGCAAAAUAUGCCGCUGACUAAUCCACCAGCACACAGAGCCUUAAUUUUCCUUUGAUUCGAAGAACAUCAUUAAGGAUAAGCGGCGAUUUCCCGACAGAUUCUAAAGUCUCAAGGAUAAAAGAACGGAAGUCGUAAAGGAAGGCCAAAGAGGAUUUCUUCGAGGACUAAGCACAGCAGUGCAACAAAUUCUCAAAUAACUCUGUGCACGGUUCUAAAGAUAAAGAACAAUAAACGACAGAGAGAGAAAGUUUCUAACAAUAACGCAAACUACCAGAAAUACUCGUCCAUACGUAUGUUCCUAAUUAUUUCAUCUUAAUGAUUCAUUCUUUCUUCCUGAUGGUUUAAACAGCAUUAGCAAAACGUACAAAAAUGUAUCGCUUUUCUUUUCUCGUUUUCUCAUUAUCGUCUUAAUUUGCGGGCAAACUCGAAGGACGAAAUUCGAAGGAUCGAUAUCGUGAUAUUUAAGGGAUUUCCCUCGGAAAACAUUUCUGUACCUGGAGAAAGGAAGAAGAAGCACGUUCGUUUACGCGGAAUUACCGUUGCGAGCAGAACACUCGAACAUCGAAGAUCAUCGAAGAUAUCCCAUUAGGAUAAUUACUUAUCGAAGACCAGCCGGCAGACGAGCAACGACGAGGGCCGUUAAAAGACGAGAGAGAUAAAAGAAUAGCUAGUGUAUUUCAGACGAUCAUGGAUUUCAACGCAUCGACCAGCUACUACGUUUGCGAUUUAUCGUCGUUUCAUUCCUAUUACUCGCGGCUGCACGGCUGGAUUUCUCUUUUCGUUUGUAUUUUCGGUUCGAUCGCCAACAUUUUAAACAUUCUUGUCCUGACUCGCCGGGAAAUGCGAUCACCAACCAAUAUAAUUUUAACGGGAUUGGCCGUGGCUGAUCUGCUCGUCAUGAUCGAUUACAUUCCGUACGCGUUUCACCUCUAUUUGUAUCGGCGAUCAAGAAGGGACACCUUCACCUACGGAUGGACGAUUUUUGUGCUGUUCCAUUCGAAUUUCGCACAGGUUUGUCACACCAUUUCAAUUUGUUUAACUUUGAUACUGGCUGUGUGGAGAUACGUGGCGGUAGCAAGGCCGCAACAAAACAGAGAGUGGUGUAGUUACAAGAGAACUAUUUUUGCGAUUUCGAUCGCCUAUAUUUUCUGUCCUGUGCUUUGUAUACCCGUGUAUAUCACGACAGAAGUAAGACAGCAAGUAGAAGUUUUGGAUUCCAAUGGAAUGAGCAUAAAGUCUCGAAAUGAAAGCUUGAUCGGAAAUACAACAAACACUACCCUUUACUUUGUUCGACUGACGGAAAUGGCAGAAAAUCAUGACAUUUUGAAGGAACUAAAUUUCUGGAUUUAUAGCGUGGUAAUAAAACUUCUGCCUUGUCUCGUCCUAACGGUCGUCAGCUUAAAGCUUCUGCAAGUUCUAUUGGAAGCAAAGCGAAGGAGGCGAAAGUUAACCAAUAUUCAAGAACAACAGCUGGAAAAAAAGAAAAGUUGCCGAAGAGGGGACAAAGAGCGACAAACAGAUAGAACUACGAUGAUGCUGCUAGCAGUCUUGCUGCUCUUUCUACUCACAGAAUUGCCACAGGGAAUACUCGGACUUUUCAGCGUGCUUCUCGGUCCAGGAUUCUUCUCCACUUGCUACUUGAUGUUAGGUGAUGUUAUAGAUAUGUUAACGCUUGUAAACUCAGCUAUCAACUUCAUACUAUAUUGCACGAUGAGUAGACAAUUCAGGAAAACGUUUAACGAACUUUUCUGCAAAAACUGUAAAAUCCCCAGAAGCACUGCAAAACAGAUUUGUAUAGAAAAUAAUGGAAAUACAGGCACAAACCACACAGUGACGCAAGUAACACAAGUAUAGUUAAGAAGGAGGUGGUGGACUCCACCUGCUGCGAUGCUCUCGUCUACCAAACGAACAUCUGAUGAUUGUGAUUUUCAAAUAAGUAAAAUAAUUUAACAAUAAAAUUAGUGUUUACUCGUUCCUUUAUGUUUCGCCAAUAUGGCCACAAACAAAUAUAAAUAGACACUAACGUCAUAUAAAGGCCUCUAUGCACAUUGAAA